AGCGGAGAAAAGUUGUCGGCCGCCAUGUCCUUACUGCAGUCUAGCAAGAUUAUCAACUUAUAGGGCACAAUGUUCUUUGUCUUAUGCAUCAACCACUUCAGAGUAAAACAAUGGGAGUUGCUGUGAUUAUACUCUCAUGGUUGCUUCUCGAUCACCAUUUUCAUCAUGUUUCAGCUGAAAGAUCAGUGUACAUUGUUCAUAUGGAUAAAUCCUCCAUGCCAAAGGCAUUUUCCAGUCACCAUUAUUGGUAUUCUUCCAUGCUUAAAUCUGUAAAGUCAGAGCCUCAGGCAUCAUUCAACAGCCUGAAAGCUGAGCCAAAGCUUAUCUACACUUAUGACAAUGCCUUUCAUGGAUUCAGCGCACUGGUAUCUAAAGCUGAACUGGAAGCCCUAAAGAAGUCACCAGGGUUCAUUUCGGCCUAUUCCGAUCAUAUUCUCACACCAGACACCACCCAUUCCUAUAAAUUCCUGUCCCUCAACACUGCCACAGGCUUGUGGCCAGCAUCAAAGUAUGGCAAAGAUGUGAUCAUCGGAGUUGUCGACAGCGGAAUUUGGCCGGAAAGUCCGAGCUUUAGGGAUGAUGGAAUGACUGAAAUCCCUGCAAGGUGGAAGGGAAUUUGCCAAGAAGGGGAACAAUUCAAUUCGUCUUCGUGCAACAAGAAAAUUAUUGGAGCCAGAUAUUUCAAUAAUGGGUUUCAAGCUGGGAAUCCCGAUCUUCCAAUAGAUGUGAACUCUGCUAGAGAUAUGGAUGGUCACGGCACCCACGUUGCGUCCAUUGCUGCUGGAAAUUUUGUGGAUGGUGUUUCGUUCUUCGGUUAUGCCCCUGGAACGGCAAGAGGGGUUGCUCCGCGUGCGAGGCUGGCGGUUUAUAAGGUCUUGUGGAGAGGAGGCACUAGCUCCGAUAUACUCGCGGGCAUCGACCAGGCUGUGGCUGAUGGAGUCGAUAUAAUUUCGAUUUCAAUCAGUAACCGUAACACUAAUCUGUAUGAGAACCCUCUUGCAAUAGCUAGCUUCGGUGCCAGGGAGAAAGGGAUCCUGGUUUGUCUAUCAGCUGGAAAUCGCGGCCCGUCUUUUGCCACUUUACGAUCGGGGAUCCCGUGGGCUGUCGUAGUUGCAUCAGGGACAAUUGAUCGGUGGUUUGCCGGAACUUUGACCAUGGGGAAUGGAAAAACCAUCACGGGAUGGACAACGUUUCCUGCCAGAACGCCGGUUAGAGACUUGCCACUUGUUUACAACAAGACCUUAUCCGCCUGUGACUCAAAUGAAUUACUGGCAGAAGCCCCUGAUCAAAGUGUUGUCGUAUGUGACAUAACGAUUGAAAAUAGAAGCUUCAUUUUCGCAAUGGUAUAUCUAUCCGAGUCUAAUGUCCGAGCAGCUAUCAUCAUUGCUGAAGAUAUCAGCAUAUUGCGAUCUGUUUCGUUUCCUUACCCUGGAGUUGUAAUUAGCCCCACAGAAGCACGACAGGUGAUCGAUUAUGCAUCUAGUAGUUCUGCACCAAGAGUAAGCAUUGAUUUCCAACAAACAGUUCUGGGGACGGGGCCAAGAGCUGCUCCGGCCUUAUCAGAUGACUCAUCAAGAGGCCCUGCUCGAAGUUAUCCACACAUCUUGAAGCCAGACAUAAUGGCGCCAGGAGUGUUAAUCUUAGCGGCCUAUUACCCUUAUGCUGUAGGACCAAGAAUCGGUAAGAACAUAUUCUUAUCCAGUGACUACACUCUCUUGUCAGGCACAUCAAUGGCUUGCCCUCAUAUCGCCGGAGUUGCUGCACUCCUCAAAGCUGCUCACCCUGAAUGGAGCCCAGCAGCCAUUCAAUCCGCCAUGAUGACAACUGCUAAUCCUCUUGAUAACACUAAUCAACCCAUCAAGGAACAGGACAACACAGUUGCCUUGCCUUUAGGCAUGGGAUCAGGGUUGGUCGAUCCAAACCGAGCACUUGAUCCAGGCCUUGUUUACGAUGCAUCUCAACAAGACCUUGUAAAUCUUGUCUGCUCCAUGAAUUUCACUCUCGAGCAAACUCAAACCAUUAUUAGAUCGAGCUACAAUUGCUCGACUCCAUCCUCCAACCUGAAUUACCCGUCUUUUAUCGCUAUUUAUAACUCCCCAGAUCAAGGAAGGACUUUAACCCGGAGAUUCCAGAGGACUCUCACGAAUGUAGGGGAUGGUGCAGCCACAUACAGAGUUAAGUUGGAAAAACCAAAGAAUACCAAAAUCCAGAUUCGGCCACAGAUUUUAGUGUUUAAGAAGAAAUAUGAGAAGCAGAGCUAUUCUUUAACCAUUACUUUUAAAGCGCCUGAUUUUACGACUGGUGCACCAGACGGAUCGAUCACUUGGAUCGAUAAUAGAGGCAAGUACAGUGUGAGGAGUCCCAUUAUGUUGUCUCCAGGGGUGGCCGACGAUUGAUCACUGUUCAUUGUUCUCUAUUGACACUAUUUGUAAUGCUUGUUACUUUCUGGAAUCCUAUAAUAAUUCUGAGGGCAUUUGUGCUGAGGAAAUGUUCUGUUUAAGGA